ACAAGAUGUCGCUAAUCGAUAAAUUGCAAGAACAAGAACCCAUCCCUUUGGCUGACGAUGACCCACAAGUAAUCAUUAACGAUGAUGAUAAUCAUCAAACUAGCAAUAACAUUGGACAUUCCAUGGAUUCUUUACGUUCAUCAUUUACCAAUCGCAGCUCAACACCAGAUUCUCACAAUUCGUUAGAGCCCGAAAUAAGCCCAGACGAAAAAGAGGAGAAAGCUCGUCUAAUAACACAAGUUUUGGAGUUGCAAAACACUCUGGAUGAUUUGUCACAACGUGUUGACUCGGUCAAAGAGGAAAAUUUGAAAUUACGUUCGGAAAAUCAAGUAUUGGGACAAUAUAUUGAAAAUUUGAUGUCAGCUUCAUCGGUAUUCCAAUCGACAAGUCCCAAUGCUAAGAAGAAGUAA